AUGCAAAAGGAUUGGGAAAGAUUCAAGCCAGAGCAGGGUCUGGGCUACAGAGCUACUAAUCCUCAGUACGACGUUUACAAAUUCACUGUAAAUAAUCCAUAUUUAUUAAACCCUGGAUUAAUUGACGGUAAAACCCACGAUACCCUGGCUGAUUCUAUUCUUGCUUUGGAAGCCAAGGCACAACUACAAACCCAAGAUUCGGAUGCCUGGAAGAUGCUAGGUAUCAGACAGCAAGAGAACGAAAGAGAUGCAGCUGCUAUUGCGGCCCUGCGUCAAGCCGUCAAGUUGAAUCCUUCUCUUAUCGACGCUUGGUUGGCAUUAGCUGUUAGUUAUACCAAUGAAAACUGUAGAGCAGACGCCUAUGACGCACUAGAACAGUGGAUGCUUAAUCAUGAUCAAUACCAACAUCUUGCCAAAAGUCAUGGAAAAGGAAAGAUGACAGCAGAAGGUCGUCAUGAAUACAUCACAAGCAUGUUCUUGGAAGCAGCAAGAAGCUCGCCAGGUGCUGAAAUGGACGCCGAUGUUCAAGUGGGCCUCGGUGUCUUGUUUAAUGUAUCUGAGGAAUACGAAAAGGCCAUUGACUGUUUCAGAGCUGCACUCCAUAGUCGACCACAGGAUUAUAAGCUUUGGAACAAACUGGGUGCUACCUUGGCCAAUUCAAGAAAUCCCACAGGUGCUAUUGAGGCUUAUUUCACUGCUCUUGAAAUUAAUCCCAAUUAUGUACGUGCAAGAUAUAACUUGGCUAUUAGCUGCAUGAACCUUGGGCAACAUAGAGAAGCGGCAGAACACCUGUUGACAGCCUUAGCAUUGCAGCAAUCCAAUGACAAUGCUACAGGCGGCGGCGCUGUCAUGAUAGAUGACCAUGGUAAUACUGUCAAUGUUCCUGGUGGAAUGAGUGAGAAUGUAUGGAGUAGCCUUCGUAUGCUCAUGUUGACUAUGAACAGAGACGAUAUGGUCAAGCACUGUGAUAACCACAACCUCGAUGCAUUUCGCGCAGAAUUCGACUUUUGA